AGUAGUAAAUAGAAUUUCAAAUAGAACACAUCAAUAAAAAUUAUCACCUACUAUGUCUACAAAUACAGAUAAUAUACCGAAAUGGAUUAAAACAAAUCUCUUUGAAAAUGCUUUGCACGAAACUUUGGGAGAUUUUAAAAAAAUACUCCAUUUUAAGGCUUUCCUUGCUUUAGUGCCGGGAGAAAAUUACGCUACAGUUAUGAUAAAAGUAGAAAUAGAUGUUUUACUUAAUAAUGGUGACACCCAUAAAGAAAGCUUUAUGCUAAAAGUGGCUCACGAUAGUGAAUUUUUUCAAAAAGAAAUGACCAAAUGGGAUAUGUUCAACACCGAAAUGGGUAUGUAUCAAGAAGUUGUGCCAGAAUUUGAGCAAAUGUAUGCCAAUAUUGGUUUGAAAGUGAAAUUUGGCGCCAGAGCCUUUAAAUUGCCCACUCAACAGGAUUAUAUACUGCUGGAAGAUCUAACAAAGAGAGGUUUUAAAAAUGCCCCUAGACAAGAGGGUUUAGAUAUGGAUCACUGUAAAGCAGUUUUAAAAAAGAUGGCUCAGUGGCAUGCAGCUUCAGCAGUAAGAAUUAACAAUAAAGGCGCCUACGAAUACAAAUAUUCGAAGGGUAUGUUUAUAGAAAAUGGCAAAGAUGUGUUCAAAACUAUGCUCGACAGUUCUUUAAAACAUUUACUUAAUGCCAUAAAAAAGUCACCAAAUCUUGUCAUAUACCUACAGCAAUUGGAAGAUUUAAAAGAAAAUUUAACUGAAUUAUUUUACAUGGAAUGUGCCAGAGAUGAACAAGAAUUUAAUGUUUUAAAUCAUGGUGAUUGUUGGUCCAACAAUAUAAUGUUUCAAUAUGACAACGAAGGAAAACUGCAAGAAACUUAUUUCGUAGACUUACAAGUACCCAGUUAUGGUUCUCCAGCACAAGAUCUGCUUUAUUUCAUUAUAACAUCAGCUCAGUUGGUUAUAAAAAUUAAUAAAUUUGAUUAUAUGAUUAAAUACUAUUAUGAUCAUUUAAUAGAUCAUUUAAAACUUUUGAAAUACGAAAAAUCUUUACCAAAACUAAAGGAUAUAUACAUGAGUAUUAUAAAACAUGGUAAAUGGGGUUUAUUUUCUGCUAUUGUUACCAUGCCUGCCGUUUUAUGUGAUCCCUCCGAUAAAGCUUCAGUUGAUAAUCUAGUUGGUGAUAGUCAGGAAGCGGAUAAAUUUAAAGAAUUUAUGUAUUCCAAUGAACUUGUUGCUAAGCAUUUGCAAGUGGUUUUACCUUGGUUUAACUGUAGAGGUGUUUUAGAACCUUAGAUUUAAAUGUAAAUAAGAAAAUUGUUUAGUUAAGAAUUGUUAUAUUAUUACAAUUUGUAUGAGACCAGACAUAUCCUGCAUAUGUAUGUAAAGUAAUAAAGUCUGUACAUUAUAAAGCUAAAGUCUAUUAAGUAAGCUUCAAAAGAUAGAAAAACAUAUUCUCAAAUAUUAUAGGUAAAAUGAUCAAAUAUAAGAAAAUCAA